AAGCGCAGCUGUUGCCCCACGACGGCCGUAGUUACUUUUUAUUCAAUACCUUUAUCAUGUUUUGCUCUAUUGUUUGAUUAUUAUGAUAAUAAAGACGCAGUUGCCAGUUAUAAAGAGAGACGAUUGACAAAAACCAAUAUUCCUGUAUCUGUGGAUUAUACUAUAAGCCCGUAUUAUAGUUAAAAAGCUACUGCGUUUUACAUCAAUAUUAUUGUGCCCGUACUAUUUUCGUUUGUACACCAGUACAAACAUUGUGUUAUUUUUAGUUAAUUAUUGAGUUAUAGUUACCGUACGUACAUAUUGUGUCCACUGCGAGCGUUACUUAAUCAUAAGUUAUUCAUUCUCAGUUAUUUUAAGACACUAAGAACCGUCACCGUUUUCAAAUAUGUCUUACGCGUACUUGUUUAAAUACAUCAUUAUUGGAGAUACGGGUGUCGGAAAGUCUUGCCUCUUGCUGCAGUUCACUGACAAGAGAUUUCAACCUGUUCACGAUUUGACAAUUGGUGUUGAGUUCGGAGCACGCCUUAUAACAAUAGAGACCAAGCCAAUAAAAUUACAAAUAUGGGAUACUGCAGGUCAAGAAGCUUUCCGAUCAAUAACUAGGUCUUAUUAUCGAGGCGCUGCUGGUGCACUUCUAGUCUACGAUAUCACGCGCCGUGAUACGUUCAACCAUUUGACUACGUGGUUAGAAGAUGCUCGACAACAUUCCAAUUCCAAUAUGGUCAUUAUGCUUAUUGGAAACAAAAGUGAUUUGGAAGCUAAAAGAGAAGUUAAGAAAGAAGAAGGAGAGGCAUUUGCUCGAGAACAUGGGCUAAUUUUUAAGGAAACUUCGGCUAAAACUUCCGACAAUGUGGAAGAAGCAUUUAUAAAUACUGCCAAAGAAAUAUAUGACAAGAUUCAAGAAGGAGUAUUUGAUAUUAAUAAUGAGGCAAACGGAAUUAAAAUUGGACCACAGCAUUCAACUGGUAAUAGCAGUGUGCCAGGUAGUAAUAAAUCUAGUGGUAAUGGUUGUUGUUAAUCAGCAUUAAAAGUCAACUAUUUAGAAUUUGUCCAGCCCUUUUUCCCCUAAUUUCGCUUUUUCUAGAGGGCUCGAAACAUUUUUUUGAUUUCAGUAAAUUGUUUUUAAAUAUUUAUUAGGUUAAGCUAUAUAUUCAUAUAUCAACAAAAGUAUAGUAAUGCAAAAUGUAUCUAUUUAUAUUUACAUUAUUUAAUAAUACUUAUAUUUAAAUAUUGCUGGUUUGGUUGUACACAAAUAAAAAUGUAAAAAUGACCUUCAUUACUUAGAAUCUUAAAGCUGUCUUUUCUGUUUUCUUAUAUUAUGUAAAAUAUACUCGUACUACACUUUCUCUCUUUAUAUAAGUUUUAGUAGUAAAUCAUUUUUGUAUACUUUUUUUUUUUGUUCAAUUGUAUUUAUUUGUCUCAUUGUAACUUGUACAAUGAUUGUAACUGAAAUAUUUAGACAUGAUCAGUAUUCAGUGUAAUUACUACCUGGAUGGUUUUGAGUUCUAAUAGACAUCUCUAAAUCAUAUUACUCUAAAGUAACAAAAAGUGGUUCUUUUGAUAAGUAAUUCCCACUUGUACAUAAUUUAUUAAAUUCAAAUGCAAUGUAACUGAUUAUCAAUUAAUAAUGCUUACUUAUUUACAACGAUUUUUUUUACAUUUGUAUGUUUAAAUGUCAUUGGUUUUUAAGUUAAACUCUAAUUAUAUAAUUAAUAAACACUAUUAGUGUGCAUA